AUGCCUUCAGCCCAAACGUGGGGCAAGGGGGCAAGAUGGCGUGACCCGUCGGGGCGGCCAUCUUUACCGAGAGGGGCCCAGUCGCUGACGGCUCUCUGUGUGCUUGCAGGGCACGGAGGAGUAAACCAACUCGGGGGCAUGUUUGUGAACGGGAGGCCGCUGCCUGACGUGGUCAGACAGCGGAUCGUCGACUUGGCGCAUCAGGGCGUGCGGCCCUGCGACAUCUCCCGCCAACUGCGAGUGAGCCACGGCUGCGUCAGCAAAAUCCUGGGCAGGUACUACGAGACGGGCAGCAUCAUGCCAGGCGUCAUCGGGGGCUCCAAGCCCAAGGUCGCCACGCCCGCAGUUGUGGACAAGAUCGCCGAGUACAAGCGGCAGAACCCCACCAUGUUUGCCUGGGAGAUCCGCGACCGCCUCUUGGCGGAGGGCGUGUGUGCCAACGACACGGUGCCCAGCGUCAGCUCCAUCAACCGAAUCAUACGGACCAAGGUGCAACAACCGUUCCAUUUGCCUCUGGAAGAUCACUCUCGAACGCUCAGUCCCACACACACACUGGUCCCGAAUUCGACAGUCACGCCCCCCGAGUCACCCCCUGCCAGUGACACGUUGGGUUCCUCCUACUCCAUCAAUGGCUUGCUCGGGAUCGCGGUGAGGAGCAGGAAGAGGAAACGGAGCGACGACGGGCAGGCGAGGAGUGGCACCCCUGGCAAGCAACUGCGGGCAGAGGCCUUCGCCCAGCCGCGGGAGGACCCGGACUGCGUCUUCGAGAGGCCGCCCUACCUGGAGCUCUACGCCAAGGGUGAUCAGGGCCCUCUGUACCCGCCGGCGUCGCUGAGCAACGGAGCCGAGGAAGGCGAGCGCGAGUCGACGCCUCCGUCUGCCCAUAUCGGCAGGGCGCCCCCUCAGGCCUACCAGGGGGUGACAGGUGAGAGGCCCGCCCCACGGGAUUCUGGGAGCAAAACAACCAUUGCCGGGCCGACCGGGCCUCGUCCUGUGGUAUUCGGGGGGCAGGACGGGGUCAGCACGACGAUGCCAGGAUACCCGCCCCUGAACAGCCAAGGCGGCUACGUGCCAUCCACCAUCGCCAGGAUGGCAUCCGGCGGCGACUAUUCCAGGAGCCCUUACCCUCCGUCCUACUACGCGCCCUGUAGCGAAGGCUGGCAUUUCACCAACGCGGGAUUAAUCG